CACAUUAGCAACACUAUCAAACAACUCUCUCUCUCUCUCUCUCUCUCUCUCUCUCAGUUCUCUGGGUGGUGCCAACGGAUACCCGUUCCUUCCAUAUCCUAGGUGGGUUUGCUUCGUUCCCAUGGACUCAAUCAUGAAGUCGGGCCUUUUCCAGGUAAAAGUUUGUAUAAACAAUCUGGGAGAGGUUGAAUUAGUAUCUCCUGAAAUUGGUUUCAUGAACUCUCAGCCCUACCCUUAUUCCCACUGUCUAUAAUCAAGUGAAGAAAAUAUCAAGUUUGUUUCUUUAUCCUUUUCGGUGUCGAAAAUAUGGUAGAAAUACUGAGCAAUUUAUUAGCAAUCACCACUACAUCCCAUGGGUAUAGCUGCUCAUAUCACUCAUGUAGCCCAGGUAUCCAUGAAUAUAGAACCCAUUAUCCUUAUUUUUCUUGUUGUAUAUACCUUAGUUCAGACACAAAAUCAAACAGAAGGCGUGCCAAAAGCUAUGGCCUGAAGAUGAUGACCUUGCCUUAUCGAUGGCGUAAAGACAUAAAAUCAUCACAUGUGUGUGAUAGUUCUUUCGCAUUCCAGCGAAAGGUUGCUAUUGUCGAAUAUGGGUUAGCUUGUGAAGAAGAAAAUAUAUUGAGUAGAAGAGAGAAGGAAGAAACUGAUUUGAACCUACUGAAACUGAAACCACCUCCUUGGGGUAGUUCAUCGAUUCAACUGGACUCGGAUUCUGAAACCGGCGGUGCUAAUCGGUCUUCGACAAUUUCAGAAAGGGCGGGAACUAGAAACGAUAAUAGGCAUAGGGUUCAUUUUCUUGAGGAAAGAAAUGAAGAGAGGUUAUCAGAAAGAAUUUUGAACCUUAGCAGAACGAAUAAGAGUAGAAGUGCAAUGGAGUUGUAUUGGUCCAUGGAGUAUUCAGGUCUUAAACCGACUUUACAUGCAUGUAAUUCUCUUAUCUUGUGCCUCUUGAGGAACAAAAUGUUGGAUGAUGCUCUAAGCAUUUUUAAAGCGAUGAAAGCAAGUGACAAUAUCACUGGCCAUACUUGUAGCUUGGUACUUAAAGCAAUUGGAAAUGCUCAAGGCUGUGACGCAGCUUUGGACAUUUUUGAGGAAUUAGGAAGAAAUGGUAAUUGUAAAAAAGUCUUUGACACAGUUGUUUAUAACACAAUGAUAUCAUUAUGUGGCAAAGGGAACGAUUGGGUUGAGACACUCAGAAUUUGGAGAAGUAUGAAGGAAAAUGGCCUCGCUGGAACAGCAGUCACUUAUUCCCUAUUAGUUUCUAUAUUUGUGCGUUGUGGUCAGAAUGAACUAGCUAUUGAUGCCUACCAUGAGAUGCUUCAAGAUAGGUUGAAUCCUGCUACUGAUGAGAUGCAAGCUAUUAUUGGAGCUUGUGGUAAGGAGGGGAAGUGGGAUUUGGCUCUUAAUGUGUUUGAAAAUAUGUUGAAGAGGGGUUUGAAGCCUAAUCUGGUCACAUGCAAUGCACUGAUUAACGCAUUCGGAAAGGACGGGAAAGUGAAGCUAGCAUUUAGAAUUUACAGCUUGUUGAAAUCUUUUGGUCAUUCUCCGGAUUCGUACACAUGGAAUGCCCUGAUUGGUGCCUUGUAUAGGGCAAAUCGACAUGCUGAUGCUCUUCAUUUAUUUGAGAGCAUACAAAAGGAGAAAAUGCCUCAGUUAGAUUUGCAUAUAUACAAUACCUGUUUGAUGUCGUGCCAAAGGCUUGGUUGGUGGGAUAGAGCUUUGCAGCUACUAUGGCAAAUGGAAGCUUCUGGACUUCCUGUUUCAACUCCCUCGUAUAAUCUUGUUAUUGGAGCUUGUGAGGUGGCAAGGAAGCCAAAUGUUGCCUUGGAAGUGUAUGAGCACAUGUUGGACCGAAAGUGUGCUUCAGACACAUUCACUCUAUUGGCUUUAAUUAGAGUUUGUAUCUGGGGUUCACUUUGGUAUGAAGUGGAGCAAAUGCUAAACCAGGGUACACCAGAUGCAUCUCUCUAUAAUGCUGCCAUUCAAGGAAUGUGUUUAAGAGGCAAGAGUAAUUUAGCAAAGAAAUUAUACGCAAGAAUGCGUAGGAUCAGUCUUAAACCUGAUGGUAAAACAAGGGCAUUGAUGCUUCAAAUCUUUACCGAAAGACCUGUCCCAUUACGCAAAAGGUAAUCUUACUAUGACCAACUCUAAUGGAAGUUGGAACAAAAUACGGGGGACAAUGAACACCAGUGUUAUGCGAAUCAGUGACCAGAAUCCAUGGAAUGAACCAUGUCUGAGAAAAGAUCAACAGGCUGCCUGGAUGUCUGUUUAGGGUUUCUAUGUGAAUGGAGGAGUUGGGGAGGGAAGAUUAUUUCAGAAAAGCAGCUCUAACGUAGCGAGCAUCACAAAGGAGUGGUAAUAAACAAACAUGGUGUAUCAUCUCAUGGAAAAUUCAACUCGGAAUGACUAAUGGUGGUUUUUGGUGGAAAAGGACCUCAUACCCGGGACCAACCUAAUUUAUUAAACAAGCAUCACCAAGCGAAGAAGGUGUUAUAGGUGUUACUUACAUCGGAAGACUUCGAUUGCAAACAUUUUCCCAUCUUAAGUAAUGGCUACAUGUACUUGUAAUCAGUAGCCUUACAAGUUUUGUAAUUGUAUUUAACAUGCCUUGUACAAAUUCUCCAGAAUUAUACCAAUCUCCUCAAGUGUUUCUCUUUCGGUUCUGCCAA